UGCUUUUCAUUCGUUGCUCCGCAGGUGGUGUAGAAAUUGCACGAGUGGCUUCUUCGGCUACUUCGUUGCUGUUCGACUUCGCUCCUUCGGCGACGUUCCCUUCCUUUCGGAUCGGACGUUACAACAUUUUGAUUGGAAGCAACUACGGGAGCUCGCUCGCUGUGAAGGAUUUAGCAUAAAUCCUGCUAAAAUCCUGUUGCCAAACAGCCCCUUAGAGUUUGUAGGACAACAAAGAUGGGGAAGGCGAAGAAAGGCCCCAAAUUCGCCGUAGUGAAGAAGCUGAUUAGCUCUAAAAUGCUCCGCAAGCACAAAGAAGAAGUUUUAAACCCUCUAAAGAAGGAUAUCUCCAAGGAAAAGCUCCCUCGUAAUGUGCCAAGCAUUUCUUCUGCUCUCUUCUUUAAGCAUAAUACGGCACUUGGACCACCUUAUCUUGUGAUAGUGGAUACUAACUUUAUCAACUUCUCUAUCCAAAACAAGUUGGAUUUGGAGAAGGGAAUGAUGGACUGCCUUUAUGCAAAAUGCACUCCUUGUAUCACGGAUUGCGUUAUGGCUGAACUUGAAAAGCUGGGACAGAAAUAUCGUGUGGCUUUAAGGAUUGCCAAAGAUCCUCGUUUUGAGAGGCUUCCAUGCACACACAAAGGAACAUAUGCUGAUGACUGCAUAGUUGAGAGAGUUACUCAGCAUAAGUGCUAUAUUGUUGCUACAUGUGAUAGAGAUUUGAAACGAAGAAUACGCAAGAUUCCUGGCGUUCCCAUCAUGUACAUUACUCAGCACAAAUACUCUAUUGAACGCAUGCCAGAAGCAACUAUUGGUGGAGCUCCAAGGAUUUAGAGUUUGAUUAUUAUCCUUCAGAUCUAAAGGAAUCGACUCCUUAAGGUUUUGUUACUUCUGUUGCUAUAACUUGGGAAAUAGGUCAAGAGUAUGCUGAAUUGGGAAAAAAUUAUGUUGAGAAUGCAUCAGUUAUUGCUUAGUUUUUUUCUCACCUAAUACUCUCAGACCGCAUGCAUAUACCCCCCCUUUCUGCUGUCAUAUGGCAUAUGCUCUCCCUUUAUGUUGUUUAAGAGUAAGAAAUUUAUUUCAAGACUGGAUGUAAUACUUACAGAUUCUAAUAAAUUUGAUGAUUUAGCCUUGCUUUGCAAGUUUCAUGAAAUAA